AUGGAGAGAGUUAUUAUCGCUCUGAUACACUUCGCCAUCUUGGCCGGAGCCAGCGACCCCGCUCCGAUCACGCCCAGCCCCUCCGAAGACGACGCCCCAUCAUCCGUGGACAUCUCGAGCGGCGUCGGGACCUGGGUCGCAGCCGGCGUCGCAAUCGUCGCUCUCGUCAGCAUCGUCGGCCCCUGGUCGGUUCUGCGGCAGUCUUCGCGGGACUGGCGCCGCGCCCUCGCCGGCGUCUACGAUAAGGACGGCACGUACAUCGACUACGUCGUCAAAUUCCCCGGAUCGAAAUACCGCUUCUGGCGGAUUGAAAGAAUCCCUGACCUCGCGCCCCUUCACGACGAAAAUUCGCUGAGCAAUCCGCCCCUACUCGCCGUGCGGGAGGUGUCGGGCUUACUUGACUGGGAAGCGCCGAGUUACCGGCGUUGGGACACGGGCUGGUUGAAACUGUGCGCGUUGAUCGAUGGACUUUCCAUCGCCGGGAAUGAUACCACGGCAGAGAACGCUAUCGCAGGCAACGCUACCGUAGAGAACGCCACGGAAGAGAACGCUGCCGCAGAGAAUGUUGCUGCAGAGAACACUGCAGCGCAGGCGACGAGCAAAACAGCAACUAGACGCGCUACAGGGAACGACGGAAAUUCAGACGAGGAAUUAAUAGCUGCAGAAGGAAGUCAUGGGACUCGGGUUGAGGCGCCCGAAAGCAGUAACCAGAGCAAGAAGCUUCCGGAUUUGCCAGCUCAUAAUACCGUGCUAGGUCUUCUUUAUUAUCUAUAA